AUGGCGCAAAAGAUCGAAUCGGCUGGGCCAAACUCGCCCCCUGCUCUACGCACCAGAAAGCCCGGCGAAGUUCGUUCCAGGACUGGAUGCUUGACGUGCAAACAGCGCCGCAAAAAGUGUGACGAAGAGUUUCGCAUACGCCAGAAUGGAGCGACGUCAUGCAAUCGAUGUGCUGAUCGUGGCAUCCACUGCGAGCAGGGCACCACCACCACGCCUCAAAGGCCCGCACAACAGCGGCCAUCGCCGUAUCCAACAUCAGCAGCCGCUUCUUCGAGUUCAACAAAGCUUCCAUCUCGCGCUGUCCGCGGCCCAAGUGCUAUGCAAUACGCUCAACACGCUGCUCCGUUGCUUAGCGCACCCACAUCUGCUGCUCCACUCGGUAUCACAUCCACCUCAUAUACAUCCACCUUGGAUCCAACACAACUCUGGUCUGGCUAUGCACACUUUCCUAUGCAGUCUUUCUCACAACCGCAGCUUCAAAACGCGCCUGCUUUUGCGGGUCUUCAGAAUCCAGCCGUUGCAAACCAGCUGGCCUGGAUGAGUCAGAAUGCCGCUUUGCCGAAUCGAUCCACAGUCCGUUACAAUCGUCCGAAUAUUUGGCCCAUGGCGUCUUCAAACGCUGCUGUUGACUCGGCCAACACUACCGCCAUUCAGAAUGCAUCUGGCAGCCUUCCUGCCCAGAACAACGCUGUUGACAUGAACGCGCUCUUCAAUCUAUUCAACAGCAAUCCUGCUGGCGCGCCCGCAGCAGCCAACGCAAACCGAUGGAAUCAAGCUUAUACCGAAAGCAUGGACAACAUCAUGCUCGACGACUUUGUCAGCGAGCUCAUGAGCCUAAUUGACCCUCUUGUCGGAGGUGAAGGCGCCUCCACUGUUCCUCAGACCUCGAGCAACACCCCGACCACAGGCGCACAAAAAGCGUCGCCUUACGAAACUCCGUCUACAUUCCGGGCUACCCAAGAACCGUCGAGCAUAUCUUGUUCCGCAACCGGCGCGCAAACAACUGCUGCAAACCCGGCAGCGUCAUCGACCACGCCGCAGAAGAGAAGCGUCAACCUGCACGACAAUCCGGUGCUUGCUGAUAAGCAACUCAAAGCAGGCAGCGGCAAAGCACCUCUUCCAGGCCGAGCUUCGAAUCGAUAUCGCAAGCUUCUCGAUUCUGACGCCAUCGAGUCGCUACUGAGCAAGUACAGUCCUAUCUACGAGCGUUUCUGGCAUGCAACGCUCAUGCUUCUCUCCAACAAGAAACGCCAGGCAGCCGUCGACUAUCUGAUGAGCGUCGUUCGUUCCAACAAAGCUUGUCGAGCCUCAGUGGUAGUAGUCUGUCUCGCUUAUCACGAGCUCGUCCAGCGUAUUCGCAAAGGCGCACAGAAAAGUAUCGCCGAUGCCAAACAGCCACAGCGUGAGCAGGAGACAGUACCACCCAGCUGGACCACCGUUGCUAUCGAUGCUGUGCAGCACAGUACAAGUGCAGCGGCCAGACCGCAAGACGGAAUGACGGAUACAACCAUAAAGUUGUUUGAGCGCGAUUCGGAGGAGGAAGAGGAGGAAGGUGCUUCGAUCCGCUCCGACAUUGCCGAAGACUCUGACCGAGAUACGCCACCCUCGAAUCCUCGUGAUGAACAAGAGAGACGCGAAGACGAUUCGGAAGACGAUUUACCAGAAGAGAUCAGCGUCAUCUCACGCCAUCCUUCCGGCGCGGAUCGUUCUUUCUCCUCGACAAAAUCUCAGCACAGUUCAGACCGCUAUGGAUCCACCAGCUUUUCACGUAGGCCCACCGACACUGCUCGAUCCCCUCGUCCGUCUACACGCCCUAGUUUGACAGGCAAGCUCUCUACGGUGGAGGACAACAUUUCCGAGAUGGAUGAUCCAUCGCGAGAUGCAUUUAAAGGCCAAGUGGUAGAAGAACAUACGGUUGAACUGUGGUUCGACAUUGCGCGUGCUGAACUUUCGCGCAGUCAGGAAGAGCUUACGCUGGACCAAGAGCUAUGUGCCAUUAUCAAUCUGCGUUGGGCGUGUUUAUGCUUUGCAGGGGCGGAGAGAGCGAGGCAACUGACGGAAGAGUUGGGAAAAGUGAUGGAGAGAGAAGGCAUCGAUCUGGUCCAAGCGGGAGAGGAAGAGAAGAAGGGCAGUUUUGUCAGCGCGAUGCUGUUGACAGCGGUAUAUACAGAUGUGCUGGAUACGGUAUCGGAUCGAGGUAAACGGACGCAUGUGACACUUGGUGACGCGAACACUAGACCUGCUGCGACUAGCAAACGUCUUCGUGUCAGCAGUGGGAAUGGUCAAGCCAAUGCAUCGGCGGGUAAAACGGAACCGUUCUUCGGAAGGAUCUCGCUGAUCACGCUCGAGAUGUUGACGUGUUUCAAGCUGAUCUCUGAUCUUUCGGCUGAUGUAUGGGGACCAAUUUCGAGCUCGGCCACACAUCCGACGAGGCCAUCCGAGUCGCAAGUUGCCGAACGGUCCAGGGAGAUCGAACGCAAGGUGAUGUCACUUCCGCCUUGGUCUGAUCCCAACACGUCGUCUUCGUUGCGCGUGAGAGCGUUUGCGCUACAGGAGAUCUGGCGACAAACAGCGAGACUGUAUCUGCUGCAAGCGGUGCAUCGUCGAGGACCGCUGUUUCCCGAACUGCAGAAUAUCCUCCACGAAAUCAUCCGACUAGCCAAAAUGGUCAAAGUGCAGGGCUUUUCGGUUGUUGCGCCUGGCCUCACCGAGACAACGCAGAGUCAAAGUGGAUCGAUUGGCUCGACUCAUCGCACAGCACCACCCAACUAUGUUGGCGGUCUAGCCUCCACGGACGCAACCGACGAUGUUCGGGAUGCCAACCACGCAGACCCAGCCAUGAAUGCAUCUUACGGAUGGUCAUCACCAUCGACUCUUCCAUCUGACUCCCCCUCGGCCUCGGAUCCAGACCAUCCAGGUGAAGCCAGCUACGGUACAGCGCCUUUGCAGAUGUGGCUCGACGUCGCCAGCUGGGAAAUGUGCACCGUCUGGUUCCUGUGCUGCACCGUCUCUCUGACACGCGCAGACAGGCAGUUCUGCAUUCACCAUCUAGAGUCGAGUGGACUGGAGAGGGCCAACAGGGACAAUAUUCAGGUCAUCAGGGAUUAUUGGGCCAAACAGGAUGGAACGGGUUAUACUUUGGAUUGGUUCGAUUUCAUCAAGUCGACCGGUCGCAGUGUCGUGUUCGCAUUUUAA